CCCAUAUCCUCUUUCGAGCGGGCCACAAAACCCUCUCCGUGCCUCCCCCGGUCCUCCCUCACCGCCGGCGAUCCCCUCCACCUUCGCCGCCGAUGCAUAUCUCCGCCGUCCAGGCCGCGCUCUCCGACAAGUCCUACUCCGGUCUCGCUCCCCUCUGCGAUGAUCUCCUCCUUCAGACCGCGUCCAGGGGAGCCACCACCGACGAAUGGCCCUACGCCGUCCACCUCCUCGCCCACCUCUACCUCAACGACCUGAACAGCGCGAGGUUCUACUGGAAGUCGUUGCCGCAGGAGGUGAAGGACGCGCGGCCGGAACUCGUGGCUGUCUGGAGGAUCGUUCAGUGUCUAUGGAACCGCGACCAUGCCGGCGUCUACACAGCGGCGCAGGGGUUCGAGUGGGGCCCUGACCUCGCUGACUUCAUCACUGCCUUCCUAGAAAGCUACAGAAAGAGGAUAUUCCAACUGUUGACCUCUGCGUAUUCCACAAUCAGUGUUCCUGAUGUGGCUCACUUCAUGGGGAUGAGUGAGGAGGAUGCUACCAAUUAUGCAGUGGGAAAUGGUUGGAGUUUGGAUGCAUCAACCAAGAUGCUUACUGUCAAGAAACCAAAGACUCAGACCAACCAGAAACUCGACGCAAGCAAACUGCAGUGUUUGACUGAGUGUGUUUUCCACCUGGAGCACUGAUGCCCACUGUUAGUGGUGUGAUGUCCCUUUUGCUACGCCCAAUGUUAAGAAGCCUCUUUGUCAUGAUAGCUAGAUACCUGAAUAGAUCUUUGGCUGCAAAGGGGAGUUCUAUCAGUACUGAAUUCCUGAAAGGCUAGCUUGUCCAUAUGGUUUCUUGUCCUGCCAGUGGUGCAUUGAAAUGAGUUAUGCAUUGCUCUUGUUUCAACUAGCAAGUUCAUGUUUUUGUUUCUACUUGACUGGAGUUGGAAAUUGUUUAGUGGUUAGCAUUGCAGUGGAGCCGUGGAUGUCACUGAAGCAGUUUGAUUAUCUAGGGAUUAUCUCUUUGCGUUAGAUCGCUAGCAGUCUGUUGUGCCCAACCAACAUAUGAAAAGUAUUAUUGAAGUAUCUGGGAAGCGGGUUAA